CUGAAAUAUCAUUAUCGAUGGCCUCCCUCAUCCACCGCGCACAAUGUCUGCCUCGCUACCUCUUCUCCACGUCACUGCGACUCCCUCUCUCUCUCUCAACAAAACCUUCUCACCACUUCCCAAACCCUAUUUAUUCACUUUCUCCCUCAAAGUCAGUUCCCUCAUUUCCCACUGCUCUAAUUCCGAUCUCGAAGCCCACCGUUGGCUCCGCGAAGAGCAACGAUGGCUGCGUGAGGAACAGAGAUGGCUCCGCGAGGAGCAGCGCUGGGCUCGCGAGCGCGACCAGCUUCUCAGGGAAAUAUCCGACCUCAAGCUCCAAAUCCAAGCUCUAGAGCGCCGUUUCUUGACGCACGAUCUCGCUUCUCCCUCUUCCCUCUCCGACGCCGUUGCCAAUGUCUCGUUGCUCUUGCAGGUCUUGAAGGACAAGAAUUUGGUUCUCGAGAGCGGUUCCAGUGCGCGGAACACGGUGCUCGAGGAGAAGCAAUCAGAAGAGGUUUUCGAAAGUGAAAAGGAGGUUCUGGUGGUUGAGGAGGCCGCUGCUAGGGUUGAAAAGAGGAGCGCGUUGCGGAAAGGUUCAGAAGGAGAAGAGGUUCGACAGAUGCAGGAAGCGUUGCUGACGUUGGGGUUUUACUCUGGUGAGGAAGACAUGGAAUAUUCCAGCUUCUCAAGUGGAACUGAGCGUGCUGUGAAGACUUGGCAAGCGGCAUUAGGUGCCCCUGAGGAUGGUAUCAUGACAGCUGAACUUCUUGAAAGGCUAUAUUUGGAGAUAAGGACUAGGGACUUGAGCAGUGCAACUGAAGACAAAAAAUCUGCUACUGUUUUACCAAAGGAAGAUGAAAAUGGAGCUGCGGUUACUUCUGUGACAGAGAUUUCGGAGGUUCAGCGAAAAGUGGUAAAAAGUGAUAAAGGAACAGAAGUCUCCCAUCGGGGAGUUUUUCUCCUUGGAGAGAAUCGGUGGGAAGAACCAUCAAGACUUGUUAGAAGUGAUGGAGCAGAAAGGAGCAAGAACAAGGGUGUAACAACAAAAUGCCUUCAAUGCCGCGGGGAAGGUCGCUUGUUGUGUACAGAAUGUGAUGGAACUGGUGAGCCAAACAUUGAACCUCAAUUUCUGGAAUGGGUGGAUGAGGGUACAAAAUGUCCAUAUUGCGAAGGCCUAGGGUAUAUCCUUUGUGAUGUAUGUGGAGGGAAAACUAUGGUAUAGCUUAUAGAGCUAAGUAAAUCUCUACGGGGAAACCUCUCAAAUUACAACAUAGCUUGAACGGUUCGUGCACUUUUAAACCUCCAAAAUGAAGUCGCGUGCUAUUCUGAGUAUAUUCUAACAUUCAUCUUUUUUGUUGUCCUAACUAUGUUUUUAACAAACUUUAUGAUUUGUUAAAUACUAAGUAAUUGAACAAACACUUGAUCAUAUGAGAACAAUAUGAGUACUUGGUUAUUGCGAAAAAUAUAUGAUGAUAUGAUUAUAAAUUAGUU